CUAGCCGCGUGUCUGUCGUGAAGUUGAGUGGCUCAAUUCUUGUUUAUAUAUUAUUGAAGCAUUGCUCAAGUAGAGAAUAAAAAGGAAUUUUUGGAAUUAAUGAUCGAAGAAUCGGUAAACUUGUCAAGAUGUACGGUGAAAUUGUAGCAGGCAUUGACUUUGGGUCCAAGAACGCGCGGUCUUGCGUCGUUGUGAGAGGCGAGACUAAGGUGGUCGCAGCAGGCAGCGGGGCGCGGCACACACCUCUUGUUGUUGUCUUCACGGAGGAAGACGAGCCACUGGUCGGGGAAGCUGCUUUAGUAGCUCAUGAUGCCGACCCUCAGCUGGAGCUGGUCGAGGUGAUGCGCCUUCUCGAUGACACCUACGGUUUGCCAUGGAAAACAAAAGACUCGCAAGGCAGCAUUCUUAUCGAAGUCGAGGCGGGUGAAAACAAGAGACGUCACUCAAGAACAUGGGUACAACUCAUGACUCUCGUUCUCCUGAAAAUCAAGGAAGACAUGGAAGCGUCUGCUGGGUCAGAAGUAAAGAAAGUUGUUCUCUCGGUUGCAAGUUCUGUGCUGGAUGUGCAUAAAGCUCAGUUGGCGCAAAGCAGCAACGCAGCUGGGUUGUCUGUUCUGGGCAUCAUCGACAGGGCCGUGGCCGUGGGCUAUGGCUAUAAUUUGCAGAAGAAAACGUCGAAGAAACAAUCUGUUUUCGUAUUCCGGUACGGAUCGCAAUACUUAGAAGUGUCAAUUAUCUCUUUUAAAGAUGGAGUGUUCAGUGUACUUUCGUCGGAAAUGUACCCAAUUCCUUCAAUGGACGAUAUCAUGACAAAGCAUUUCCUCUCCGAGAUCAGCCGUCAACAUGGAUUAAACAUGUCCACCAAUAAACUUGCCAUGCAUAAGCUUCUGCAAGCUUGCCGAGAGCUGAAACACAGCCUGUCCUUUUCUGAGCACGAGGAACUCGUGGUUCCGUCCACGACGGCUUCUGCUGAUUUCAAGUUCUCAUUGAGUCGAACGCGGCUGGAUGAGCUCAACAAGACGCUCUAUGCCAAGAUACCCUCGAGCGUUCAGAAUGCCCUGGAGUCAGCUGACAUGAAGGCAGCUGACAUUGAUGAGGUCAUUCUGUGUGGUGGCUCCUGCCGGGUGCCCAAGGUCGAGGUGCUAGUGCGUGAUUGCUUCAAGGACACCCCCAUCAGAAGUGACGUCGAUGUCGCCCUGGUGGGGGCCAUGGGGGCGGCCAGGUACGCCACACUGGCAGCGCUCAGAGCGCUGUCGGAGAGCCGCGACCUCACGCCCCUGCAGCUGCUAGUGAAGGAGGCGGUGCUCGCCAGGAGCGUCGCUCCCCACCAGCCUGCCGAGACCCGUAACGUCGUCCCUAAGACACGUGACAACCGAAAAAUGGUUGUGGAAGCCCAGACGGAACCUGCGAUUGGGAUUGAUCUCGGCACGACCAACUCGUGCGUGGCUGUUGUGCGCAACGGCAAAGUGGAGGUGAUUGCCAACGACAUCGGCAGUCGCAUCACUCCAUCCUAUGUCGCCUUCACUGACGAAGAUUGUCUCGUCGGUGCUGCAGCCAAGGCACAAGCCGUCAACAAUUCCAGAAACACUGUUUUUGAUGUUAAGCGUCUAAUUGGGCGAAAAUUCCUUGAUGUUGACACCCCUGAAAAUACCAGAAUGUGGCCGUUCAAAGUUGUGGAUGAGGGUGGAGUUCCUAAGGUGCAAGUUCUUCACAAGAAAACAAUAAAAACCUUGUCAUCGGAGGAGCUGUCUGCGAUGAUAUUGCGUAAAAUGAAGUCAGUUGCAGAAACUUUCGUCGGCAGUGUUGUAAGAAACGCUGUGAUCACUGUACCCGCCUAUUUCAAGGACUCGCAGAGGCAAGCCACUCUUGACGCUGGAAAAAUUGCAGGUCUAAAUGUUCUGGCCAUCAUCAACGAACCCACCGCUGCUGCUCUUGCUUUUGGUGUCGAAAAAGCAGCCAAAGAGCGACGCCAUGUACUCAUUUUCGAUUUAGGUGGAGGCACUUUUGACGUUGCCGUGGUGGCAAUCGAAGACAAAAAUUUCGAAGUUCUGGCAGUGAACGGCAACAAUUCUCUUGGCGGGCGAGAUUUUGAUGACAGACUCGUUCAGCACUUCAUCGGAGAGUUCAAGAAAAAGCACGGAGCAGAUCUAGCUUCUGAUGAUAAAGCUAAAACCAAGUUGAGAUUAGCUUGUGAAAAAGUGAAAAUUGAUCUCUCAGUGAGUGUGAAGAGUCGCCUCCAAAUUGUUGCUCUUCAUAACGGGAUUGACUUCAUCUCGAACAUCAGUCGCGUCCGCUUCGAACUUCUGUGUUCAGACUUGUUCCUGCAAACACUCGUCCCCGUGAAGCGUGUGCUCUUAGACGCCGGUCUCGACGCUAGUGCCGUCGACGAAGUCGUGCUUGUAGGAGGCUCAACUCGGAUCCCCAAGAUCCAAGAAUUGCUACAAAAACACUUCCAAGGUAAAAAACUGAACAAGUCCAUCGACCCGGACCAUGCAGUAGCAUAUGGCGCUGCGUUACAAGCUGAUGUGCUAGCCAGGGACUCUCGAGAUCGAGCCAUAAAUCUAGUGGAUGUUUGUCCCAUGACCAUCGGUGUUGCGGAGUUCGGAAUUUUCAUGAGUCCUCUAAUUUAUCGGAAUACAAGGAUCCCCACUAAAAAGACAAGCUACUACUCAACUGCUAAUGAUUUCCAGCAAGCCUUAACCAUUGCCAUCUAUGAAGGUGAUAAUAAACUUUGUAUAGAGAACAACCUUCUUGGACAGUUCAAGCUUUGCGGCAUUGAAAAUGCCGAACAAGGAAGACCGAACAUUGAACUGACAUGUGCCAUUGACAAGAACGGGAUCUUGAAAGUCUCAGCCAAAGAUAAGAGCACAGGCAGCCGCCAGAGCAUUCACAUAACAAGCCUCAAAGGCCGCUUGGAAAAGAGCGAUAUUGACCGCUGCAUGGCGGAGGCUUCUUCUUAUGGCAACGAGGACAAACAGCUCAGGCUGAUCGCGCGUGCUUCACUCGAAAGAUAUUGUCUGCAGAUGAAAAAUGUUGUCGAAGACAAGCUGUGCUGCUUGCGUUCUCUGAUCGAUCAAGCCCUGCUGCGUGACAUCGACACCGCACUGACGGCUACAAUGGCUUGGCUGGAUGACAACGAGGGAUUGGUUGCUUCCGAAUUCGAUUUGAAGCGGGCCGAACUGGAAAAGCGAUGCGCCGGUCUACUUUAAUCCUCAUAUUUUGCGCCAAAGAGGAGAAUUCAUUUUUUUUCAUGCAUUUUGGCCAUAUGGCGCUUGAGCGUUAAGUUUUCCUAGUAUUUGUUGAUUAUAUUCAUGACUUGUACUACAAGACUAUUAUUUCUGCACUGCUGAUUAUUCAGCGAUCGUUUUCGGAUCAUAUGGUCAGUAAAUGGAACUUAAUUCUUCUCACUCGAACAAAACAUAAUGUUAACUUUUGCGUCUUUAUUUUCGUUUUUAGAUUUAGUACGCACGGUUUUGAUCAAUGAUUAAAUUUUAUUUCAACAGUCUACUUCGGUUCUUGUAAUGAAUUCCCGUGAUUGUUCAAGAUAAAAUGUCAAGUUUCGCUGUUUAAUGUUAACAUUAUUCGUGUACACCUGCUUAUUUUCGCAAGCCUGGAUGCAGGCAAGUUCAGUUUUUGUAAACUGUAAUCUCACCUACUACUUGAACUUCUUUCUUCUAAUCAUGGACAUAUGCUCGCAGUAUUGAACCGUUUCCUAUCAUUUCUUCCGCUACAUUAGUUGGUUGAGUACUCCAUGCAUGGUCGGUGUGACACAGGUUUGCGCGAGUCAUUGGAUGCAUGCCUGCUCUCCGACUGUGGGCCAGUCCUCCUACGUGUCCUUCAUUCCGCUUAUUUCGUCGGCCCGAGGAAGUGCAUGAUUUUUUUAGGAGCAUUUCAUAUUGUUUCUCAGCCUCGGUUCGUGUUUGGCCGUUUUCUUAUUAACAGCUUCUGCGUGAUCUGUAUCAUAAGAGUGGAAUUCAUAAUUGCUUGUGUUCAAAGCGUUCGGAAGAAUUUUAAAUUUUCACUCAAGUAUGUGAAAAUAUACAGAAGUGUCACAAAGUUUUUUUCUCGUCUUUUAUGGAGGGAGUUUGGUGUGAAGAAAUUUUUUUAUUUUCUUAAGGGUGAAUACGCAGUGCGAAAAUUGCGUAGAUCGCUCCUGGUCUACGUGAGCCACCUCAGAAUCUUGCGACAUGGAAAUGUAUUGCAAGUCACGCAAUAUUAAAUCUACUUCCGCUGCGUGAAUUAUAUAUGCUGCUUCCCGAUUUAAAUUUAACGAUAAGUUAAUUAUUAAACUUUUAUAACUAGGAACUAUAACAACACCAAUUUUAACAGUAUAUCCAUAUCAUAUGGCGAUUCUGUCCGGUCUCCGAUGUACAUCAAGCGUCUGCUAUGCGAAACUGAAUCGUGUUAGAUCAUAGUUACGUGGAUUAGGGAAAUCACCGAUUUAUCUAAUUGCCGUUAGUCCAAUGUUCCGAAUCGUUUUCUCCAGUAACCGUUAGUCACAGAAAGAAAU